CUUUCCCUUUGAUUGGUGGACCCACUCUUCCGCGGGCACGCGCGGACCAGACUCCUGGGCCUUUCUUAAACCCGGCCCCUUGACUCACCUUUCUCUUUUCUUCUCGGCUGUGAAGGUGGAAGAUGGACGCGUCCUCCUGGGCCCAAGGUGUUUCGUGGAAGAGCCACCCUGGCUACAUUGUUGCUGCUUAGAAGAUGUGAACUGUUAAAACCCCUUUCCUAUAGGAAAAGGCAGGCACUGAGAGCUCCUGAGGCUGAGGAAGCCUUUUGAAAAUUGAAAGUUAAUGUAUUAUUUUGUAAAAUAUCAGGUAGGAAAAAUACAAGCUGGGAUGACGUGAUUCUGAAACACCUCCAAAAACCUUUAAUCCACUGCUGUAUAAUUCACAAGUUUUUUGGGCAAAUUUCUUAAAUUUUAACCAUGGGUCCUAAGAAAAUGAGUGCCAAGGGCAGUUCUGAGAAGAAGAGAAGGAUGAUGUCCAUGAAAUUAAAGCAAGAAAUCAUCGAAAAACAUGAGCGAGGUAUGCGUGUUUCUGACUUGGCAAAGGAAUAUGAUCGUAGUACAUCAACAAUAUGUACAAUUUUAAAGCAAAAGGAGUUGUUAAAGGUUAUAAUGCCAGCCAAGGGUAUUAAGAUUAUUUCAAAGCUGCGGACCUCUGCCCAUGAAGAGAUGGAGAGGCUAUUGUUAGUCUGGUUGAUGGAGAAGCAGCUCGCAGGAGAUACUGUAACUGAAAGCAUUAUCUGUGAGAAGGCACGAGAGAUUUAUGGUGGUUUGGUGGAGCGGACACCAGGCACAUCAGUGGAUGAGGCAUCACAAGAGUCAUUCAAAGCCAGUCGGGGAUGGUUUGAUAACUUCAAAAAAAGGUCAGGCAUUCACUCUGUCCUCAGGCAUGGGCACAGUGAGGCAGCAAGCACAGAUAAGAAAUCAGCAAAGGCUUUCAUUGAAACCUUUGCAAAAUUGGUAGAAGAUGAAGCAUACAUCCCCCAGCAAGUUUUUAAUUGUGAUGAGGCAGGGCUAUUCUGGAAAAAGAUGCCAAGGAGGACAUAUAUAACCACAGAAGAGAAGAACAUGCCAGCCCACAAACCUACAAAGAAUAGGCUAGCCCUUGGGCUUUGUGCAAAUGUGAGUGGUGACUAUAAGAUCAAGCACAGUGAGGAACUGACCACUGAGGAAUUGAAGGAGUUGCAGCAGCAGCAGCAUUCAGAGGUUUUGCAGGAAAUUAGUGGGGAGGAGCCUGAGGUGGAUGAGGUAAUCAGCACUAGUGAGAUUAAGGAAAUGUUGAGGAUUUGGGAAAAAAUUAAACAGUUUAUUGAAAAGACACACCCAGAAAAAGUUGCAGCCAGUCGUGCAUUAGAGCUAUGUAAUGACACUUGUUUCACACAUUAUCGAAAUGUUCUGAAAGGAAGGAAGAAAAAAAUUUCCAUGGAAAGGUUUUUGUUGAAACGGCCUCUAAGUAAAAUUGAGGAAAGUGUGGCAAAACAUCCAAAAAUCAAAGAAGAAAAUGAUAAGUAAAGUAAAAAAAUAGCAAUUAAGUUUAGCAAUAAAGUUACAUAUCAUAAGUAAUAAGACCAAUUUUGCAUUUAAAUGUAGCAUUAUGUGUCUAGAGUAAGUUAUGUUAGGAGAUAGCACGAAAUGAAAGCCUCUGCCAGCAUCUUCGCCUGACCUUGAAGGUAAAUAACAUUUCAUAAGCAAGUUUAUUUCUUUAUAUUCUUAUUAUUUAUAAAUCUAUUUAUUUGUUAUUUAUGAAGUACAUUUUCAUAUUUAAAAGUAUAUAAAACAAAAAUGUGUGUGUGUGUUAUUUUUGGGGGGAGCGGACCGGAUUAAUUGCAUUUCCCUUAAUUUAAAUGGGGAAAUUCAGUUUGACAAAAGACCAAAUUGAGUUACAAGCUUGGCCAUGGAAUGAAUUAAACUUGUGUGUCAUGGUACCACUGUACUAUACAUUCUCCAGUAUUCUAAACUAGCUAAAUUUCCAUUUGGUUCAUGGAAAUAUUAUAGAGUUUAUAUGUUUAGGACUAACUUACAUUAAGUUCUGCUUUUUGUCAUAAUUAAAUGAUUUCCCCCCCAUAUUUUCUCAAGACCAAUUGAUACCUGUUGCUAGUCAAGCUGUUCUUGUAUAUCUUAGAAAUUCCUGAUGCACUCUCCCAAAAUUCACCUUUUGGGAAAGAGAAUGGAAAUAUCAAAGUUCUACUUAAUUGUAAUUAAACAAAAAUAAAGUUUGUAUAAAAGACUUAA